GAACAAGAACUCCUUUUAAUUGUUCCACUCUUCGGGGCAUAACCGAUGAAAAAAUAACAAGGGCAAGUGAAUUCUUUCGUGUACAACUACUCAAAAGGAAUAUUAUAAACUUUAUGGAGAAAGCUGAUUGGCUGCAAACUACAGGACCAGGGGCAUUGAGCAUCCGCCUCCAGGAAGCGAUUGGUCUCUACGGCAGGCGAACAGGAACAAUUCCUGACAGUUGACCUCAAGUUCCGGGUCGCGGAGGACAAAGAUGGCGGCUGCCAGGUAUUGGAAGCUGGUGCCCCGCGGCCGGGGAUUCUCUCAGAAUGCCGCUGCUAAGGCGUCCACCUCGGGCACCGAGGUGAGCGACCUGGAGGUCGUGGCGACGCCUGUCGCGCGGUACCCGCCGAUCGUAGCUUCCAUGACCGCCGACAGCAAAGCGGCGCGGCAGCGGCGGGUGCAGCGCUGGCAGGCGACCGUGCACGCGGCUCCGUCAGUGGACGAGAAGAUACGAAUCCUCACCAAGGUGCAGUUCAAGAAGUACGUAGUCCAUCCUCAGAUCCCCGCCUUGAAUGCCGACCGCUGGUACCAGGGCUUCACCAAGACCGUGUUUGUAUCGGGUCUGCCGCCCGCGCCAGCGCUGUCACCGCCCUCGUUCGACCUCGCGGGCCUGCGCGCCGCCGUGUGCGACUGCAUCUUGCAGGAGCAUGUCUAUGUGCGGCGCCGCCAGCCUCAGUCCCGCUUCGAUCGUCGCCAGGCCCUCGCCUCCUCCCUCCUGGACCAGGUAGUGGGGACUCUCGUGAAUUUGCUCGCUCCACUCAAUCCUGUCCUGACUACUGCUGCACUCGAUUAUAAGCGCCCUGUUGACUUUUACUGGUUACGUGGUGAAGAACGCAUUCUUGCUGGUCAUCGAAAAGGUCAUAUUGAUGCUUUACGGUACCAAAUAAAUGAUAAACCACACAACCAGAUUCGAAUAUCUAAGCAGCUCCCUGAGUUUGUGCCAUUGGAUCAUUCCAUUCCUGCAGAAAUCCCAGUUAUGAAAUAUAAACCGGACAAGCUUCCAUUGUUCAAACGGCAGUAUGAGAACCGCAUAUUUACUGGUGCUGCAGAGCAGGCGAGGAGGUCAGAGUGCCUUUGUGGAACGCAUUGUCUUUCUGCAGUGUGGGUUCCAGAAAUUCAAUGCUCCAAACUUGCAGACCCACGGUGUUAUGGCCACACCCAGUUUCAUCUGUUACCUGACAUACUGAAUAGGGAACGGCUGAUAAAACAAAACCAAGCUGACCAGGUAGAAGUGGUCUUUAGAGCUAAUGCCAUUGCAAGUCUUUUUGCUUGGACUGGAGCACAAGCUAUGUACCAAGGGUUCUGGAGCGAAGCAGAUGUUACUCGACCUUUUGUCUCCCAGGGUGUGAUCACAGAUGGAAAAUACUUUUCUUUUUUCUGCUACCAGUUAAAUACUUUGGCACUGACUGUACAAGCUGAUCAAAAUAACCCACGUAAAAAUAUAUGUUGGGGGACACAGAGUAAGCCUCUUUAUGAGACAGUAGAAGAUAAUGAAGUGAAAGGCUUUGAUGAUGAUGUUCUCCUGCAAAUAGUUCACUUUCUACUAAAUAAACCAAAAGAAGACAGAGCACAGCUGUUGACAAACCAGGAGAAAGAACUUGAUCCAAGACCUUGAUGAUAUUUAAAUUUCGCCUGAGGAAUAAUAAAGUCAUUUAAAGAUUGUGUAACUGCCUGUCAUUAAACACAUUGUUUUUUUGAAAAA